AUGACCGUUAUGCCAUCAGACCCCCCGUCGCCCACGCACGCACCCCGCUCCGGUCCGCAUCGCACGCCCACUACGCCCACCACGCCCCGCCCCGCACUCUCGCCCGCACAGGCAAUCGCGCAAGCAUGGCUUCGCGAGUCGGCAGAGUCGCAGCACCAGUGGCGCAUGGCCGACAUCCGCGCAAAGCAGAAGUACCUCGACCCCGUGCGGUGGAGCGUGGCGGGCCCCCUGCCGAGGAAGAAGAGGGAGGGCGCGAAGAUGUGA